GAAGAGCAGGAGAAGGGCACGUUCCAUCUCAAGCCAUCUACUGCUGAACCGAGUUUGAAAUCUCAAGAAUGGCCAUUACUGUUGAAGAAUUUCGACAACAUGAAUGUACGAACUAACCAUUACACCCCUCUUCCUGAAGGAUGUUCCCCAUUGAAAAGGGAAAUCAAGAAUUACAUAUCGUCUGGUUUUUUCAAUUUGGACAAACCGGCGAAUCCGUCGUCUCAUGAGGUUGUGGCUUGGAUUAAGCGCAUCCUUCGAGUUGAAAAAACAGGCCAUAGUGGUACUCUGGACCCUAAGGUGUCUGGAUGUCUCAUCGUAUGUAUCGAUCGUACUACUCGGUUAGCAAAAUCUCAGCAAGGUGCAGGUAAAGAAUACGUUGCCAUCUUCAAACUUCAUAAUGCUGUAGAAAGCGAAAAGAAGAUAAGGCAAGCACUGGAAAAGUUAACCGGUGCUCUGUUUCCAACGUCCUCCACUGAUCUC